AUGUCAGAACCAAGUUCACCAACUGAACAAGUUGUUCCAGUUGUAAAGGAAAAAUUCCAUUUAGAUAUUUUAAAUUUAUCACAAACAUCACAAAUUCAAUUUGGGAUAAGAUUACAAGAUUAUCAAAAAUAUAGACAGUAUUGCAGUAAAAGAUUAGAUCGUAUUAGAGGUCAAUUAAGAAAACAAUAUGGUAAAAAGCAAUUUAUAAAUAAAGUUACAGAUGCAAAGUUAAUCAACGAUAGCAGAUAUUUAGUUAUUGCAUUAUUAAAAGCAGAAAGAGCAUGGAGUUAUGCCAACGAUUUAAAAGCAGCAUUUGAAAAAAAAGGAGAUUCUCGUAUUGCUUUCCACAUGUCAAGACGUUUUUCAAAAGCUGCAAGUAACGCUGACCAACUUUUAAUGAUUUGCAAAGAAGUUGCUGACCAAUAUACAAUCGUUGAAGCAGAGGCAUAUGCUGCAUGGAUGAAUUCAUCAAACUCAAUCGUUAAAAAAUAUUAUCAAAAUGCAUUAGAUGAAAUUUCAGCCUCCAAACAAAUCUAUGUAGAAUUAGCAAAGAGUGGUGAUCAUGCACAAAAAGACCUCUAUGAGAAAAGAAUCGAGGAGAGUGAACCAAUUAUUCGUUUCUGUCUUUACAAUCUUAAAUCAAAACAAGAACCAGAACCAUCCGAAGAAAUUGAGGAAUUAUUAAAUCAAUUAAAAUCAUCAGAUUCAAACAAUACCUCUUCAGACCAAGAGCUUCCAAUGCAACUCAUCACAUGGAAAUCCAAAACCAUUAAAACCGAUGAAAAACUUCGUGAAAAACUUGUUAUCUAUUCAGAUUACCUCAAAGCUAACCAAUCAAAAUUACCACAAACCCAAUCUGAUAUUCAAACAUUGGAUUUAACUAAAAAUAUUUCACAAAUCUUUGAAGUUUAUGAUAAAUUAGUUUAUCAUUUAAUCAAUUGUGAAAAUAUUAUUAAAAAUGAAUUAUCAGCAUUAAUUAGAACUAAUUUAAAAAAUAAAACUGUUAAAAGUGAAAUUGAAGAAUCAUCACAAAAAAUAUUAUUAUCAUUUGUAUUAUACCACAAAUGUAAAUAUUUAUAUGAAAGAAAUACUAUAUUAAUUAGAAUGAUGCAAGGUGUAUUGGAAGGUGAAAAGGUCGAUGAAUCAGCCAUUAAGAAAAAAGCAAACAAGGUUACCUAUAAUGAUUUAGUUCGUUUAUCAACUCAUCAAGUUAAAGUAUUUACAAUUUUAAAUGAUAGCAAAGAUGACCCAACUGCUGCCCAAAAGGAUGUUGCUAGAGAUAAUGACGCUCAAUUAAUUCUCUUAAAAUCCCAAAGAUUAUUUUUCAUUGGUAUCUGCUUAUCAAAUAGUCACAAAUACUCUGAAACCAUGUCAUUAUUCGAUCGUGUUCUUACUAAUCUUGCAAAUGUAAAGAAAACCAACACUAGAAAUCAAUUAAUCCUUUCAGAAACUUCAAAAUUAGAGGAAUCAAUAAACCAACAACGUUCACAAAUCCAUGCAAAUUCCUUCAUUCAACAAUUAUCCACCAACCAAGAUUUAAAAAAUCAAAUGUCUUCAAUGUCAUUGACCUCAGGUACCACUGGUCCAACCAAAUCUUUAAUUAAUAACCUCGAUUCAUUCGAAACAUCAUUCCUUCAAGAGAAGAAUUUAGUCGACCUUCCACCACAACUCGAACCAGUCCCAGUUAAACCAUUAUUCUUUGAUUUAGCUUUUAAUAAUGUUUCAUUCCCAACUUUAGAUAUUGGUAAAUCCACUCCAAAGAAAUCAUCAUCAACCUCAACACCAUCAACACCAAAUACCCAAGAUAAAUCAACUCCAUCUAAAGGUCUUUUCAGUAGUUUCUGGGGUAGAUAAAUCAAUUUUUUUAUUAUAUAAACUGUGGGAAAAAAAAAAAAAAAAAAAAAAAAUGAUAACAAAAAGCUCACACAAAAAAUAAUUUUUUUAGGUAUCAUUUUUUAAAUAAUAAUAAUAAUUCAUAACUGUAAGUUUUGACUACAGUAUAAAUAUUUGUCAUCACUUUAUUUUAAAGUUAAAUAAAAAUAUGUUUAAAAAUUAU